ACAAGGAAGUAGAGUCAUGUUAAAGAAGACAUCUGUGAGGCUAACAAUAAUUAAACAGGUGUUUAUUGUCUGAACGAAUGAAAAUAUGUUAGGUUAUUAUUCCGAUAUUAUGCUAACGUUAGCAGGUUUGCUAAUUUGCAUGCUGACUUGCUGAAGCACACGGACGUCUGAAGUGCAUGCAUUUCAGCUAGGUGAAAACUAACGUUACUCCUAAUGUAGCUUGCUUUCAAGCUCUGUUGUUAACUAGCUGGCUGCACAAUAAGAGAGUACGAACUGAGAUGGCUAUGAAGACUUUUAGGUGCUCUGCACGCCAUGGCUAUGCAGUGGAAGUGUCUCCCUUUCUACCAAACAGAUUUGCAUGCGCGACAUCCCAGUAUUAUGGAAUAGCUGGAUGUGGAACCCUGCUUGUGCUGGAGCAAAGGGAAUCUGAUGUUGGUCUCAUAAAAAGUUUCGAUUGGAACGAUGGGCUGUUCGACGUCACCUGGAGUGAAAAUAAUGAGCACGUGCUAGUGACAGGCGCGGGAGACGGGUCCUUGCAGCUGUGGGACACGGCAAACCCUCAAGGACCUCUACAAGUGAAGAAGGAGCAUACACGAGAGGUUUAUUCUGUCGAUUGGAGUCAGACCCGUGCUGAGACACUGCUGGUGUCGGGCUCAUGGGAUCACACAGCUAAAGUGUGGGAUCCUGAGCGUCUGCAGUGUCUCUGCACCCUGCGGGGUCAUGAAGGGGUCAUCUACAGCACCAUCUGGUCCCCUCACAUCCCAGGGUGCAUUGCGUCAGCAUCAGGGGACGGAACUCUGCGGGUGUGGGACACAAAAUCAGCUGCCUGCCGGUUGGCCAUUCCAGGCCACAAGGGAGAAAUCUUAACCUGUGACUGGUGCAAAUAUGACCAGAAUGUGUUGGUGACUGGAUCCGUGGACUGCAGUCUGUGUGUGUGGGAUCUAAGGAACGUGAGGCAGCCAGUAUCCCAACUGCUGGGACACACCUAUGCUAUCCGAAGAGUCAAGUUCUCUCCAUUUCAUCAAACCGUCUUGGCAUCCUGCUCCUACGAUUUCACAGUCAGGUUCUGGGACUUCUCAAAACCUGAGCCUCUGCUGGAGACCCUGGAGCAUCACUCUGAGUUUGUCUGUGGCCUGGACUUCAACCUGCACAUCCCUAACCAGGUGGUGGACUGCUCCUGGGACGAGACUGUAAAAAUCUACUCCCCUCCACGGCUGGCCGACGCCCAGCCAAGCGCGCCGUAGAGAAAGAUAAUUACCCUGCCGCAAGGUGGAGAGAAAAGAGGGUGAGCCAUGGAAAAAAGGAUUGCAAAGGAGGGAGGGGAUGAGGAAUGGGGGGCGCGCAGGUUCGUCUCAAUCCGCGGGCACGGAGUGUGCCAAGGCGGCGCUGCGGUAUUCCUAAUGACGCUAUUAAAUGGGAGGACUCGGGGGCAGCCGUGUGAACACACACUGUCCUGCUCGCACGUAGGCUAUAGGAGGAGGGAUUCCUCGUCUAGCGGGGAGCACCGCGAUUCACACUCACCUGAAGCAGCUGCAUCUAAGUGCCAUUAAUGAUGUGAACCUAUGCGUUUUCCAAGAUGUGUGACAGAAAUCAGUUACACAGGGGUUCAACACUAGCCUUUCCCUUGAAAUCCCUCACUAGCCUGUGUCCAUAUGCAUUUGUAUUUGUAUUUGUUAAUCUCCCUGAUAAUGUACAAAUAUGUUAUUGACUAGUUUGUAGUCAUUUACUGUCUGGCCAAUAUUGUGCCUGUAACUGUACGUCCAUAAAAUGUGAUAAACUACGAUCAUGUUUACUAUGAAAAAAUCCAUAUCGAUAAAUACCUAAAUUACGUACUUUCUCAAUCUUUAUAUUAUCUUUAACUACGAGUAACUAAGCCCAGCCCAUUGUGUUGUCAUACAUUAUAAUGUGUAGGCUACUUGUCAGAGUUCUAUAUAAAUGAAUGUGCGGUGGGAGUUUAACCAUGAGUAAAAAAAAUAUUGUUCUUAUUAAUUAUUCAUUGAAAUGUUUAAUUAUCUUGCAAGUGCGUAAUGCAUUGGAAACUGAAACGUAUGUCAGAAUUAACAGAGAUUGUUUUCGGCAGGGAAUAAAUAUAUAAUUUUUA